UCACAGACCUUCACAGCACAGGACCCUCACGAGGAGAGGACAUAUGGACCUACAUUAAGCUAUUUACUUCUUUUCGGGUGGAUGAGGGCUAUGGGAGUAAGACAACAUUUGUUAGGAUGAUCAUUUUAUAAUCCUUGAUCGGAAAUCUAUGUUAUAUUUUUCAUGUUGUUUUGUAAAUAAAUCGAGAGAGACGUUAGAAACGGUGUCUCUCUAUGAUAUACAGAGGUAUAAUUUAUUGGACGUUUAAGCAUUAAAUACUUUUCCAAACGCAUUUUCGUUGUUUUCGUGUGGGACUUUUCAUCUAAGGAAUGUAGCGAUAACAUCUUAUUAUGUGAGUUACGGGUCUCCUACACCAGCGGGUUAAAAGAGGGGGAAAAAGAAGGUAGGCUACUUUGAUCUUUUUCUGCCUUAGUUAUGGCCAAGACAGCAACUCGGACCGUACUCCUCCUGUUGAGUGUAUGUGUUUGCAUCUCAGGCCUCCAACAGUCUGCUCCAAGGGUACGGCUGUCCUUCAAAGAGUUGUUGGACACCAGAGCAGCGCGGCCCUUCUCCUUCUCCUUCAACACCAGUGACUACCGCAUCCUGCUGAUGGAUCAGGACCAGGGCCGUCUCUACCUGGGCAGCCGGGAGUACCUGGUGGCCCUGGACAUGCACAACGUCAACAAGGAGCCACUCAUUAUCCAUUGGCCAGCCUCUGACAAGAGAAAAGGGGAGUGUCGGAUGACAGGAAAAGGAGGACAGGGUGAGUGUGCAAAUUUUGUGCGUAUGAUAGAGCCAUGGAACCGCACCCACCUGUACACCUGUGGGACCGGAGCCUACCAACCCAUCUGCACCUUCAUCAACAGAGGCUGGAAGGCAGAGGAUUAUGUGUUCAGACUGGUUCCUGGAUUUCUAGAAUCAGGGAAGGGCAAAUGUUCCUACGAUCCAUUCCAGGAGAACAUUGCUGCUCUUAUCAAUGGGAAUCUGUAUGCAGGUGUUCAUGUAGACUUCAUGGGGACAGACCCAGCCCUCUUCAGGACCAUGGGGGGCAGAACAGCAGUCAGGACAGAGCAGUAUGACUCCAGGUGGCUCAAUGAGCCUGUGUUUAUUCAGAUUCAACAGAUACCUGACAGUGCAGAGAGGAAUGAUGACAAACUCUACUUCUUCUUCCGGGAGAAGAGUUUGGAUGCAGGGGGAGGGUCCAGCCCCAGUGUCCUGGCCAGAGUGGGACGAGUGUGUCUGGAUGACGAAGGGGGUCAGAAGUCCCUGGUCAACAGAUGGACCAGCUUCCUGAAAGCCCGCCUCAUCUGCUCUGUGAUCGGAGAGGAUGGGGUGGAGACCUCAUUUGAUGAACUGAGGGAUGUUUUCAUCCAGCCCACGCAAGAUGAACGCAACCCUGUGAUCUAUGCCCUGUUCACUACUGCUGGCUCUGUGUUCAAGGGUUCAGCAGUCUGCGUGUACUCCAUGGCUGACAUCCGCAACGUCUUCAAUGGACCCUUCUCCCACAAACAUGGUCAUAACUACCAGUGGACAGUUUACACGGGCAAGAUUCCCUACCCUCGCCCUGGCACAUGUCCAGGAGGAACAUUUACUCCAGGUAUUCGUACCUCUAAGGACUUCUCAGACGAGGCAGUGAACUUUAUGCGAGCCCAUCCCCUCAUGUACCACCCUGUGUACCCUAUCCACCGUCGCCCCCUGGUGGUGAGGACUGGUGUGGACUACCGCUUCACAGCCCUGGUGGUGGACCAGGUGGACGCCGUAGACGGCCGAUACGAGGUGCUCUUCCUGGGCACAGAUCGUGGCACUGUCCAAAAGGUCAUAGUUUUACCUAAGGACCCGAGCACCAUGGAGGAGCUCACCCUGGAGGAAGUGGAGGUUUUCAGGACACAUGCUGCUGUCAAAACAAUGAAGAUAUCAUCUAAAAGGCAACAGCUGUAUGUGUCAUCAGAGGCGGGGCUAACUCAGGUGUCUCUCCACCGCUGCGGGGUGUACGGGAGGGCCUGCUCCGACUGCUGUCUGGCACGGGACCCUUACUGCGCCUGGGAUGGGGAGAGCUGCUCCGCUUUCACCCCCGCCACCAAGAGGAGGAGCCGAAGGCAGGAUGUGAAACAUGGGGAUCCACUGCGACAGUGCAGAGGCUUCAAUGCCAAAGUGGAAAAGCGUCUGAGAGAGACAGUCCAAUUUGGUGUGGAGGGGAGCAGUACAUUUCUGGAGUGUCAGUCUCGUUCUCCUCAGGCCACAGUCAAGUGGCUCUAUCAAAGGGGAGGAAGAAGGAAAGUGCUCAACCGGGACAGAGAGUAUCUGAAGACACCCCAGGGAAUCCUUCUGAAGUCUCUCAGCCAAUCAGACGCCGGUCUGUACCAUUGCCUGUCCACGGAGAACAACUUCAAACACACGGUGGCCCGUGUGGCGCUGCGCAUCCUGGACCGAGACAUCGUGGUGGCCCUCACCUCCCCUGACGAUGACCCCAUGACCUCCAACAGCCCUCCCAAUGGGCGGGGGGGACAACAUGACGCUCAGCAGCCGAAGCACCCCCCAACCCUCCCUCUCACAGACACCACAUCCCAGCCAGAAAUCAAGUUGAUCCACCAGUACUGUCAGUCUUACUGGGAGCAGCUAGGGCUCAAGCAGCAGAAGCCCAAACGCACCUCCAGGAGACACACAGAGAGCCAGGAAACCCAAGGCAGAUAGAGGAUUGGACUUCUCCAACACUAGCCAGCCAGAAGACUCCACAUGAUAGACUAGAGAUCCAUGUUUGACACCAAACAUGAGCUUCGUCUCCCUUUGUAUGGUGGUGGUGACACCCUCACACAACCCAGUAUCUCAGUAUAGAAAUGUAAUAUAUUGAUAUGUGUAUAUAUCAUAUGAUAAUAAUAGAUCCGUGGUUUAUUCAUGUAUAAUAAUUAAAAAGCGUUUGUCUUUGCAUUCUUUAUUCAGUUUGGAAAUGUGUACAUCUUAUUGUUCAACGUUGAGAGAUAGUCAUUGUAUGGUAUGAUGUAUGUAUUUGUCUACUAAAACCAUUUGUGAUGUCGUAAUUGUGGGGACUCUUGCGCUCUCUAACGCCUUUGUGACCUAUGUUUGUUUAUAUUUGCACAAAACACACAAUAUCUACAUGUAGAAGAUUAAGACGGGAAAUCAUAUGUGUGCAUAAUAUUAGUUAUAAUACUACAUUCCAGUAAUAUCAAAUAUUUGAAUGGGAACAGGUAGAAAGAAGACUGUGUGUAGAAGACCUUCCAUCUUUUAUAAUGAUAUUGAGCAACAUACUGUAAUGUAAUGUACAUACUCAGCAUGAGUCCUACACUGGAAACGUUCAAACAACAGAUAUAAAAAUAUAUGUUAUCCCAUCUAA